GACGGCCAUCUUACACAUGCCCAUCAAGGAUGUCCGCACACCAACCUCACGCCCGCUGGCAGAACGUAGGGGACGACGAACUCACCGUGCACAUCGUCCGCGACAUUCUUAACGCCAUCGACGACGAUUUCUGGGUAGCCGCCGCUUGUGCGGACAGGCUUGUGAAUGACGUCGAUGUGCAGCGGGAGCUUUUGGAACUCGGUUUGAGUCGUACGUCCUCUGCUGUCGACAGGGCCAAAACUUCUCUGGUGCAAGGUCCUGAGUCUAGGACUUUGUGUACGAAGGGUGCCCUCAACGCGUACUUUGAGCAGGUCCCUGGCGACACUCAACUUUGCCAGCUCCGUGCCAUUUUCCUGGACCGACUCGACAGACUAUCUUCGUUCGUGGAAAUUUACAGGAUUGUGCAGCCUCAAUCGGAGGGACCUGACGACAUCGACUCUGAAUGGGAGGAUGACCCUUGGGGCGAUGAUCCCGACGAAACACACAAACUCAACCUUUCUUCCGCUGCCAGCUCGCAUAUCCCUCUAUCGGAAUUCCUGGUCAUGGACAUAGUGGACGUCGCCCGUUUCUUUGCGUCGCUGGAGCUUUACCCUGCAGUUUUCAUUCUCAUGACUCACCACUCAUCUUCGUUAUGGCCAUUCCGUUUCGCUGUGCUGAACAGUAUACCCACUCAUGCUUUACCUUCGGAAUAUUCUGAGGUCUUACCUGCCUAUGACGUCGGUCAAGGCGCAGAACAUGUCCCUCGCUCACACAGUUGGAGAAGCGAAAGUGAUUGGGUAGAGUCUGGGGAAGUCAGGGCUGCUCUUACAGGUUCGCAGGCGCCCCCUCACGCAGGACACAUUACUCGCGCGGUGCCGUUGCCUGUAGACGACCCUCUGGAUCCCCAGAAAUUGACCGCAUGGUAUGCACGGCGUGCAGACGAUGUCAUCACCUCAACAGGUAUGCUUGACGUAGCACUUGCUACGGUCCAGCAUGGUGUUUCUUUGGGUGUGCCGGAUCUAGACCAAUUAGAAGAAGACCUUAGUCUCCUUGCGCGUUUGGUCUACGAUGCUCCGCAGCCCAGCGGAUCAAGCAACGUAGAAGAUUGGACUCUCAGCCGCUGGAAGUCACUGGAACCCGCUCAAGUCGUCCAGGCUUAUCUUGCAUACUCAACCCGGGAAACAGUGGCAAGGGACAUGAUGCAGAUUGUCAUGCCGUACCUUUUCGUAUUGGAUGCUCGUGCAGAACGUGCUGGUCAGCCCGAUUCCGAUCUUACAACACACCUGCUCUAUGACUACGUCCUUAGUGCCCCCCUACCAAUGGCCGCUGCAAUCUUUGAGGCAUCAAAACCUACACUACCUUUAUCGCAGAGGAUAAUUCGCAACGACGAAGAUAUGGCCAGGCUGGCUCUUGCUUGCCUCUACAGUAGCGAUAGUCUCGACGCAUGGCAUACUAUGAGUUCUAUAUUUGAGUGCCUCCCUGCAUGGGAUAUUCAACCUGGUGCAAUGGACGAAGCCGACGAAGCAGAUGCGACCAUCGCCUCACUUGGGGCAUUCGUCACACCAUCCACGACAAGUUCCCAUUGCUCAGCCGCUGAUUUACUUUUGUUCUUCAAGCCAUUGCCCAUUGUUUCUCUUUCACGUGCUUUGGACAUCUUGGAUGUCCAUCUUAUGUGUGGCGAGAUACUCUCACGGUGGAAUGUACCUGCACCCCUCCGCUGGUUCCCUCAAAGUGCAGGUGAUGUUGUUGAGCAGCGCGCAAGGGCCAAUCGGAUGGCGCGACGCACUGGAAGCUCCCCCGGUGAGAUGAAAAGUAAAGAUGACUGGGAGUGGUUACUGGAUGAUAUGUACAAGCUACGUGAAACGAGCAAGGCUGGAAUUAAAGGAGCUUUUGGUCUCAUGUCCGAAGUGGAUAUUUCCUCGAUAUUCCUCACUGGUCUGCUCAGCUCCGGCUUGUUUGAUAUUGCGCGUGAAUUUCUGCAUAAAAAGCCUAGCAAACUCUCUUUGCCGGUUUCUGUCGUAGAGGACAUUUGUCUCUCUGUUUCACGGGAGUUUUAUGAUAACGCAAGUUCCACAAACUUCAAGAUCGGUGACAUGAAAUUAGCCUACGACUGCCUCGCCGUCUGGCAGCCAUCAGAGCGCCUCUCUAGAGAGCGUGAUUUCAUCGAAGCUACUUCAAGGAUCUCCUCCUACAAUGUUUAUUCGCGACCUGGUGUGAAGCUAUCCCCCAUCGAGAUACGCCUUACCAAAGACCGUCUUUCCCUGAUUUCGCGCAUACUUUCCGGCACGGCUGAUGCUUACAAGCACAUGCAAGUCGUUCUCGAUCUCCUUUACAAGCUAGGUUACAAAGGCGACGUGGUUGCAGAGGUCAAAACACUCGCCAUGCUUUCUGAUACCGCCCUUCAAGCAGAAGACUUUACACGGGCUUACGAGACGAGUCAGAGGAUGAUUGAAACGGUUUUAAGAUUACGCGCGAAGGCUCCGGCUUCGUCAGACGAUCCUGCCGUCCACGAGGCAUGCGAAGUAUGCUGGGUGGCAUGUUAUCAGCUCGGCAGACAUCCAGAAUUCAAAGAUGUAGAGAAGAAGCUGGUGGUCUUAGGUCGCGCUCUUGAGCUUUGCCCGGAGGACAAGCUCGGUAAUAUUCUUACGUCAUGGCACCGACUCCAGAGGGAGGAUUUGGACACUCGUCGUGAAUCCAUUUCCAGUCGGUCGACUACACACCAGCGACGUCCCGUGGCAAGUCGGAAGCCUGUAUCCUCUCUUCAAGCGAAACUCACAGACUUCCAUCUACCAAUGGCGCCUCUCAUCAAUGCAGAAGAUGCAGCUGCGCUGGCGGGCAGAGCCUUCAACCGCGUUACUUCCACUCUUCCGUUUACGGUGGGUGGACGAAGCCGCUCGAAUGCGUCAGGGGACGACACAAGAGCAGGAAGUAGUGAUGGUAGUAGACUUGGGCUCAACGGUGAAGAUGUCUCGGCCCACGCCAGUCGUGUCCUUCAGAGGGGGAUAGGUUGGCUGCUUGGGGCAGAUGAGAGCUAAUGCCAAAGUAGCUGUAGUACUGUGCUCCUUCGACGGUUUUGUUCAUUUCAAAGAACUUUUUGCAUCCCGGACCGCGCUGAAACUCGGACGAAGCGAGCACUAACAGAGUGGGAGAAGGAAGGGUAUCAAGUGUGGCAAGUACACGCAGUAGGGUGAUCGAAUAAAGAUAAG